AUGUCAUACAACUUUAUAACAACUGUUCACAAACCAACAGCAGUUACUGAAUCAGUAACAGGUCAUUUUACAUCACCAAAUGAAAAGAAUUUGAUCAUCUCUAAAUGCACAAAGAUUGAAAUAUUUACUUUAGCACCUGAAGGACUUGUUCCUAUUUUGGAAACUAAUAUCUAUGGUAGAAUUUCAAAUAUGAAGUUGUUUAGUGUUCAUGGAGAAAAACAAGAAUUAUUAUUUAUAUUGACAGAAAGAUUUAAAUAUUGUGUAUUAUCGUAUGAUGCAGAAAAGAAGGAAUUGAUAACAAGAGCAAGUGGAGAGGCUGAUGAUAGUAUUGGUCGACCUGCCGACUCUGGGCAAUUGGCAAUCAUCGACCCCGAUAGCAAAGUAUUGGCACUUCAUUUGUACGAAGGGUUAUUAAAGAUCAUUCCCAUUGAAAAGGGGACACUCAAGACUGCGUACAAUGUGAGACUGCAAGAGUUGCAAGUCAUAGACAUUGUAUUCAUCGCACCCACCAACAACCAACCAACACUGGCCGUUCUCUCAAAGGACACAAGAGACUCUAAAAAUGUAAACACCUAUAUCCUCUCACUCAAGGACAAAGAGUUGAUUGAGAGUGCCAACACCUGGGCACAGUCAAAUGUAGAGGACGGUGCAUCCAAGUUGAUUGCACACCAAAAUGGAUUGUUGGUGGUUGGCGAGACACUGGUCAGUUUCCUCAAACCUACCAGCUCACCACGCACCAUCCCGAUAGCAGGUACUCGCAUCACUGCAGUUGGACGAGUUGACAAGGACAAGUUUUUGUUUGGCGACCAUUUGGGACAACUCUACUUUUUACUCUUAUCGCAAAACGAAAAGGAACUUCGAUUUGAAAAGCUUGGUGAGACGUGUACGGCAAGUACCAUCUCCUAUCUCGAUAGUGGUGUUGUGUUUAUAGGAUCGGCACUUGGAGACAGCCAGUUGAUUCGUCUGCUCUCGGAUCGUGAUCCAAACACCAAUAGCUAUGUGACCGUCCUCGACACCUUUGCAAAUCUCGGACCUAUUCCCGACUUUUGUUUGGUCGACAUUGAAAAGCAAGGACAGAAUCAAAUUGUAGCGUGUUCGGGUGGAUUCAAGGAAGGAUCGCUCCGAGUCAUUCGUAAUGGUAUUGGUAUUACCGAACAGGCAUCGAUUGAUCUACCAGGCAUCAAAGCUAUCUGGUCGUUGGCAAGAGGUUCCGACCGUUAUCUCAUCCUCUCCUUUAUCUCUUCGACCAAAGUACUCGAAUUCCAAGGUGAAGAUAUUGAAGAAACUGAAAUAGCAGGAUUCGAUCUACAAUCACCAACCCUCUAUUGUGGCAAUGUCGCAGACAAACAAAUACUUCAAAUUUCAACCAGCGGUAUCUAUUUGGUAGAUCAUGAAACUAAUCUAAAUUAUGAUGUUUGGAAACCAUCCUCUGGUUCAAUUAAUCUUGCCUCCCAUCAAGGAAAUCAAAUCUUAAUCUCUUUUGGUAAAACUUUAAUUUAUUUUGAAAUUAAAGAUCAAAAAAUUAUUAAACUCAAAGAACUAGAAAUGGAAUUUGAAAUUUCAUGUUUGGAUAUAUCAUCAUUUCAAGUAGGAGAGAGAUCAAAGAUUUGUGUUGUUGGUCUUUGGACAGAUAUAUCGUUGAGAAUUUUAUCUUUACCAACUUUGGAACAAGUACAUAAAGAAAAUUUGGGAGGUGAGGUCAUUCCAAGAUCAGUCUUGAUGAUUGCGUUUGAAGGUAUCAAUUAUUUAUUAUGUUCACUUGGUGAUGGUCAUCUUUUUAACUUUAUUGUCGAUACUAUAAAUAAUACUCUUCAUGAAAGAAAAAAGGUUUCACUUGGUAAUCAACCAAUUAUUUUAUCAAAAUUCCAAUUAAAAGGUACAGUAAAUGUAUUUGCAUCAUCGGAUAGACCAACUGUAAUUUAUAGUAGUAAUAGAAAAUUAUUAUAUUCAGUGGUUAAUCUAAAGGUUGUGGUUGGGGUAUGUUCAUUUGACUCUGAAGUUUUCCGUGAUUGUAUUGCCAUUGCAACAGACAAGACACUGUCGAUUGGACACAUUGACGAUAUUCAAAGAUUGCACAUUAAAAAAAUAGAUCUUGGUGGCGAGUUUGCACGUAGAAUUGCACAUGUCGAAGCACAUCAAUGCUAUGCUCUCAUCACCAUCAGACCAGAUGAAUCUGGUUUGGAAGAGAGCGAAACUGAACAAAAUUUCAUUAGAAUCGUCAAUCAACAAACAUUUGAAACCAUUGUAAAAUAUCCCCUCAAAGAAAAUGAAUAUGGUUGGACUAUUUUAAGUACAAACUUUAAAGAAACUUUGACAUCUAAUUCAUCUUCAACAUCAUCAUCUACUUCAACAACUUCAACAACUUCUACCUCUGGAAGAAGAAGAUUACCAACAACAACAACAACAACAACAACGAGCAAUGAUGAAGAAGAACAAAGUGAAUAUAUUGUUGUGGGAACGACAUACCAUUGUCACGAUCGAAAAGAGUGUGGAAGAAUAUUGGUUUUCAAGAUGAUUGAUAGUCGAUUGAUAUUGUUGGAUGAGACGACUGUACGUGGUAGCAUCUUUUGCAUGAUUGCAUUCAAUGGUCAGUUGUUGGUUGCCAUCAACAAGAGUGUCCACAGAUACACCUGGAGUGGCGACUCGAGCUCAGGCAAGCUCACAGGCGAAGAGAUAUACGGUGGACACACUGCUUCGCUCUAUUUGGCGGGAAGAGGUGACUUUGUGUUGGUGGGUGACAUGAUGAAGUCAAUGGCUCUCCUCCAAGCGUCUGGAAAGGAUGUAAAGGAGUUGUCGCGAAGUUCACAACCAUUCUGGUUGACAGGACUCACGUUUAUUGACGAUGACACCUAUCUCGGAUCAGACAACUCGUACAACCUCAUCUUGAUGAAAAAGAAUACGGAAACUGCCAACGAGGUUGACAGCCAACUACUCGACAACAUUGGACACAUCCAUACUGGCGAGUUUAUCAAUCGUUUCCACCAUGGUACUCUUGCCACACUCACCGAUGUCGAUUCACCCAAACCAAACUCUAUCAUUUUCGCCACCAUCAGUGGUUGCAUUGGCGUCAUUUCAACCAUUUCAAAGCAAGAUUACGAUUUCUUUUCAAAAUUACAAGUUGGUUUAAAUAGAGUUAUUAGAGGAAUUGGUGGUUUUUCUCAUGAUCGUUGGAGAUCAUUCCAAAAUGAGCAUAUUUCAAAUAUAGAAUCACGUAAUUUUAUCGAUGGAGAUUUGGUUGAACAAUUUUUACAUCUUCGUCAUGACAAGAUGUUAGAAGUAACCAAGGAUAUGGAUAUUUCAAUCGAAGAUACAUAUAAAAAGAUUGAAACAACAAUGCAAAGUAUUAGAUAA